AUGAUAGCAAGGCCGUGGACUGACGAUCUUCCGAAGUGCAGGAAUACGUGUGUAGCUUCGUAUUUUUCAAAGCUCGGAGGACACUCAAAUGCUAACGAUGAUUAUUUAUGUUUUUUCUGUCAAACAGAGGAUAAUUUUUGUUUAUAUGGAGUAUUUGAGCCACACAAUGGACUUGAAGCGGCCAGGCUUAUCAUGCAAAGAAUGGCAGCUGAAAUAUUAUUUCCACCACCCUCAGCCAACACAGAUGAAGAGAUACGAGACAGACUUAGGAAUGCAUUUGUGUCAGUUGAGAAAGCAUACAUUGAAAACUAUGAUGGAAUGAUAGCAGAAAGAACUAGUUUGCAAUAUCAGCUGCAGACUUCUAGUGAGACUCAGAAUCGGCAACUUAUAUUGUCUCGCUUAAAAGAAAUAGACCAGCAUCUGUCCGGAGGUGCUACUGUGGUCGUAGCUUUAGUGCACAAAAAUAAACUAUUUGUUGCUAAUGUUGGUGAAAGUAGAGCUCUAUUAUGUCGUACGGACGAUAACUCGGUAUUAAGGGUCGUGCAGCUGACCGUGGACCACAGUCUCAACAACGAAGACGAGCUGCUCAGACUGUCUCAGCUAGGCUUAGACGUUAAUAAACUGAGGAAUGCGCAAUACCUCGGCAACCAAACCGGGACCAGGUGUCUGGGGAAUUAUUUAGUGAAGGGCCUGUACAAAGCGUUUCCCAGCAUCAGCCCGGCCUCGUCCGAGCCCGUGGUGGCCUCCCCGGAGAUACACGGACCCAUCGUCCUGGACGACAGCUGUAGAUUUCUGAUCCUAGUAAGCGCGGGCGUUUACAAACGCAUACAGGAGUCGAGGGGCAGCAGCGAACAGACGAACAAACAGCUCGCCCAGAUGAUCGUUGAGCACUUCAGAAAGCAGACAGACUUCAAGGCCGUCAGCGAAACGGUCCUGCACGAGAUCGAGGAGGAGUUCAUAUCCCAUUGCGUCAAGAACAACCUGACUCCCAAAUCGAAUACUCACGUCACGCUGCUCAUACGGAACUUUAACUUCAUCGCGGCCGCGGGGGCGGAGCCCGGCCCUCCCAGGAGCGCCUCGGUGCGCUUCAACCCGGUCGUGCAGUCCAAGUCCAGCACGCUCUUAGAUGAAAUGGAGUCCAGCUCGCCGGAGUCCCCGGUCGACACGUGCCCGGGCCGCCAGUACGACAAGCACGUGCGCAUCAAGGGCUACGUUGACUUCGCGUGCUACUACGAGAACGUGGAGAGGGCGCGUCGCGGCGGCACCCUGCCAGACUUCAUCCAGUGAGCACCACCCCCUACUCAGGGUAAAUAACCUGUUUGUUGUACUUUAACUAAUAUUGAGCUAUAGGCGGAUGCUUUGUUACUGGUGGUAGGACCUCUUGUGAGUCCGCGCGGGUGGGUACU